GGUGCUGUCUGGCCCUUUUACCGAAUUCCCUCAAAGGUUACGUCAUUGCCAUCUGGAACAAUUUCUAUUUAUUUACUUGGGUAAUUGUGAAAUCAGGUUUGAUCAUGUGAAGUAUUUCCUGAGCUCGUAUCAGAAAAGGAGUUGUUUGGACCCAACUUCCUCUCUCUCUCCACUUGCUCCCUCAAACAUUCUUCAGGUAACAUGAGCGGAGAAGGCAGCAGCGCGUCUGCUUCACAUCACAAACCUCGAAGCCUCGGGAGGAUGUCUGAAGGAGAUGUAAUGACGCUGCCGAGCAACUCGCUGGGUAACUUGUCCCGGCAUGAGCCUCGCACUCUCACCCGGCUGUACUGUUGCAAUGGGGGCCACCAUCUGAGGAUUCUGCCGGAUGGGACUGUCAAUGGUGGUCUGCUGGAAAAUGACCUCUAUAACAUCCUGAGGCUGCAGGCUACAAAUGUGGGCGAGGUCGUGGUGAUGGGUGAGCACACCAAAAAGUACCUGGCCAUGAACAAGAAAGGACGCCUCUAUGGAUCACUGACGCUCAACGAUGAGUGUUACUUUCUGGAGAAAUACGAGGAGAACCACUACAACACAUAUCGGUCGCGAAAAUACGAGUGGUACGUGGCGCUCAAGAAGAACGGAAAACCUAAAGCGGGCCCCAAGGCGGAUCUGACACAGAAGGCCGUCUUCUUCCUGCCAAGGUCGGCGGACGGGCGUUAUGGCGCAGGUGAAACUCAACCACAGGAUCAGCCAGACGCUUGCGACGUUGACAUUUGGGAGCCUUGCAAAAAAAAAAAAAAAGAAUAAAUAAUCAUAAAACAUGAAACCUGGAGCACAAUAGCACCCCCCCACCUCCAAAAAAU